AUGGACCAAGAUGCUCCCAAGUCCACGAGCGCACCAUCCAAGAAGCCUGACAUCGACCCUGUGAAAGUAGAGGAAGGCAUUGCCAACGCCCGUGCUCUGGCAGCCCAGGGCUCUCGGGAGGAGGCCAUCAACGCCCUGCUGAGCAUCGAGCAGAAGGGCCGCUUGGCCGAGGACGUGGCAAUCACCCGCAGCGCCUGCACGGCCAUCCUGGAGAUAGUGCAUGCUGCGCAGGAUUGGACUGGGCUCCAGGACACCCUGCUCCUCCUCUCUAAGAGGAGGAGCCAGCUGCGCCAGGUUAUCACGGCCAUCGUGCGGCAGGUGAUGGGGUAUGUGGACGACACUCCAGACCUGCAGACCAAGACGGCCCUCAUAAAGACGCUGCAGGACCUCACAGAGGGCAAGAUGUACGUGGAGAUCGAGCGCGCCCGGCUGACCCGACGCCUCGCCCAGAUGACUGAGGAGGCCGGGAAGGUUUCGGAGGCUGCUGACAUCCUGCAAGAAGUGGCAGUGGAAACGUUUGGGACAAUGGCCAAAACGGAGAAAAUUGCUUACAUCCUGGAGCAAGUCCGGCUGUGCUUGGACAAGGAGGACUUUGCCAGGGCCCAGAUCCUCUCCAAGAAGAUCUCGCCGCGCACAUUCGUGCCACGGGCAGAGGCGAAGAAGGGGGAGGGCACGGGCGAGAUAGGCAUUGAGGGCACGGCCAUCGAAGCUGCAGAGCCGGGCACUCCCUCGCUGGAGGAGCUCAAGAAGCAGUACUACGCGCUGAUGAUCCGGUACCAUGCGCACUCCGGCGACUACCUGGAGAUAUGCCGUGCGUACAGAGCCGUGUACGAGGAUGGCAACAGCGAGACGCUUGAGAAGAUGUGCUGGUAUGCAGUGCUGGCCCCUGCAGACUCCGACCAGAUCACUCUAGCUGCUAACACGGCGGCCGAGCCUGGCCUGUCCCGCCUUCCAAAGUACAAGGACCUCCUGCAACGUUUCAACACCAAGGAGAUCCUCUGGUGGCAGCUGUUCACCGCUGACUUCAAGGCAGAGCUCGAGGCCGCGGACGGCAUCUUCGGGGGUUCCAAGGGCGCCAAGCUCCGCGAAGACCUGAAGCUGAGAGUGGUGGAGCACAACCUGGUGGUGCUUUCCACCUACUACUCCAGCAUCACCAUGCAGCGGCUAACGCAGCUCCUGGACCUGACCACGGACGAGGCGGAGGCGCGGCUGUCGGAGAUGGUGGUGGCCAAGAAGCUGGAGGCACGCCUUGAUAGGCCCGCUGGUACCAUCCGAUUCGUCAAGGGCAACGGUUCUCCCUCCGCCACACUCAGCGCAUGGACGGCUAACAUCGCCCGCCUCCUCGAGACGGUGGAGCGGACGUGUCAGCAGAUCCAGAAGGAGAGCAUGGUGCAUCGGGUGCCCAUCGGGGCUCAGUGA